GAUGGUACGUCUUGAUGGAACAGGUCUUCCUUCAAUUCUACAGCAGUGGAAAGACAAACCGAACUAGUGGAAAGGAAACAAACAUCAUUAAGGAUAUUUUGUAUUCUACACAUGCAGUAUUUCAAAGUACAUUACCUAUUCAAAAGUCCAGUAGGAAUUAAGAACGCCACAGUUCCACUCUCCCAAUGUCAGGGAGUUAAAACCUUAAGGUGAAAGAGACCAAGUAAACAUUAUGCAACUAACUUGAUAAUCCUACUGAACUGGUCAAGGCAUGUCAAUUUUUACUUUCCUUGGGUACAGAAGAUGAGUCAGUUUAAACUGGAACUUCACCUGUUGUACUAUUAACUGCAAUCUGUUCUGUCUGGUUAAUAGCUCCCAGUAGUAAUUAGACCAAUUGUCAAGGCCAACAGAGAGACACUCACACUGCACAUACUCACUUGUGCCCAGGGUCCAAGAGCUACAUGGAAAUCUUUGUACCUCCCAGCUCCUCUCCUCAGCUGUUUCUUCUCAUUGUGUUCCUACAUCCGUGCACAGUGUAUGAUCUUGAGUGUCAAAUGGGAAAACUGGUCACAGGAAAUCAUUAUCAAGACAGAAGAACUGACAGUGAAAGUUGAGACUAAAACCACAAGGUCACCCUCAAAUACACAGCUGUUUAGCAAGUAUGAUAGUACUUGACAGAAAUUCAAUUUCACUUUUAAGAAAGUUGUCAACAAAAUUUUAAGCACUGCCACUUUUGCUAAACAGCUCUGUUUGCAACAAGAAGACAGAAACCAGUUACAGGGAUUGGUUUCUUUUGCACAUAAUACACAUGCAAAAUACAUGUUGUUCCUUUUGCUGUGUAUACUAGGCAGUGGCAGCCAGUGAAACAGUGAACCUCAAAUGCCAUUUGGAACAUGAAAUAUCAGACUGCACAGGGAAGGACACAAUCUCUGUCUGAAGAAUGAUAGGUACAGACAACACUCAUCUGCACUGGCUUAUCUAAAUUAUAAAUAACUGUAUGAAUGUAAGAGCUUUAAAACUGCUUCAGUCUGCCAAAGAAAAAAGUGCCAGACUCUCAGAGUCUGUAUUCAGCAUAUUGCAUUUAUCCUAGUUAAUUUAACCACAAAACCAAAGGCAGAUACUGAUACGCCGUUUCACAUGAUCUGUUCUUGCUAGAUAGGAUCAUCCACUGCAGAGACCCAACACUGUCAUUCUUUUUACGUACACCUAAUCAGCAAAGCUGAGCCCUGUGCUGUCAGGUUAGCAUGCUGAAGGUACUUAAGUUAUCUGGGAUAAAUAUAGUUCAGUUAUCUCUAAACUACAUGGCAAGUACAGCAAACAUACCUGAGGAACCCCACUACUUACUGACUUCUUCUGUUUUUGACCCUAAUCUGUUGCUGAAAGCAAUUACCAAAUUCCCUCAUGAUUAAAAACUUUGCAAUUUCUUUCUUGCCUUCCCUGUAUCCAUGAAAAACAUCACAGUCAACCAUCCCAGAAGAAAUGCACAAAACCUAAUUUUUCAAAGGCUUUCCUUAAGUAUACAGAGUAAAACUUUGAACAGAGUUAGGAGCAAUUAGCUCAAAACCACACGUGGGACAAGGAAACCCACCAGUGUCUCUUAAAGAGCACAGGAGGGAUCCCACUGGCUUCACCGAACCUCUUCUGCAUAAGUGCACUCUGAGCAUUUUAUAAAUUCUUGUUCUCUGCACUACAACAUAUGCAUGACUGAAAAAUAAGAUCAUGAUCUGUGCACAGCAUCAGACAUAGCGGGGAGGGAAAUGGAGAUAACAGAAGUAUUUUUGGGCCCCCUUGGCAAUUUUGCAAUACCAUAAAGCCAGUAAUUGUAAUGGAUAGGUACAUUUGCUGGUUAAUAGUUAACAAGCUAGAAUGCUUCUCUAAAUCACCAUCUAGAAAUGUUUUGAAAGUAAGGGAUUGGACAGUUUAUUCAAUAUAUUAAGCAGAAGAAAAAUCUGACCAAUAAGGCACAGUCUGGAAUACUUAAAAGUGAGGGACAUGCUAUAAGCAUGAAUAAAAGAGGCAGCUUGUCCUUCCCUAAAAACACAAGGUUGAGUUAAAUUAUCCUGAAUAAGGUAAAUUUGAUAAUUUUUGAAUAAUGAUAGAAUAUUAAAUGCAGAAUUAAUGGCAAGUAACAGUUGAGAGACUCCUGGAAAUACACUGUGAAAGAAAUCAAGUAUUAUUUUCAAGAACAACAGAAAGCUAGAAGAGUGGUACCUGCAGCCACAGAAGAUCAGAAGACUCAGUGACCUAAGUCUGUCUCAUUCCUGAAGAUGUCAAUGAAUAAUUCUCCAAAUGUAUUCUUGGAUCCAAAUGCAAAUCGGUUUCAAGUUAACAUAAUUAAUGAAAGCCAUGACAGCAAUGAAGCAUCCCAAGAGGACAUGGGCUCUGACCCACCACAUUAUGAAGAAACAUCUUUUACUGAGGAAGCACACAACAGACUGAGAAUCAGUUACAGACCAGGAAAAAGAGAAUUAUACGACAAUUUCCUUCAAAAUGGGGAGAAAACAGAAGCCAGUUUACAUCCCUGUGAUACUCACCAUAAAAUGUAUUAUCUACAAACUUUUGGCCAUAACACCAUGGAUCCAGUUCCUAAAAUUGAUUAUUAUCGAAACACUGGCAGCGUCAGUGGGAAUAAGCUCAACAGACCAAGCUUAUUAGAAAUUCAUGAACAACUGGCAAAGAACAUAGCUGUGAGCACUGGCUCAGUGGAGAGGGUGGCUAAUGGAGAAAGCACUGCUGGAGAUGAGGCAGCAGCCAGCAAGGAAGAAGAAAAGAAAACAGGAUUUGUCAAGUUUGGAUGGGUGAAGGGUGUGCUGGUAAGAUGCAUGCUCAAUAUCUGGGGUGUGAUGCUUUUUAUUCGACUUUCCUGGAUUGUAGGUCAAGCAGGAAUUGGUCUUGGAAUCAUAGUUAUUGCUCUGAGCGUAGUAGUAACAACUUUAACAGGUAUCUCCAUGUCUGCCAUUUGCACUAAUGGAGUAGUAAGAGGAGGUGGCGCAUAUUAUCUUAUCUCAAGAAGUCUAGGUCCAGAGUUUGGUGGAUCUAUAGGACUUAUCUUUGCUUUUGCAAACGCUGUGGCAGUUGCUAUGUAUGUAGUUGGAUUUGCUGAAACAGUCGUAGAGCUUCUUAAGGAGAGUGAUUCAAUAAUGGUAGAUGAAUCCAAUGAUAUCAGAAUAAUAGGUACCAUAACUGUUGUAUGUCUUCUUGGCAUCUCUGUUGCUGGCAUGGAAUGGGAAGCAAAGGCCCAAGUUAUUCUUCUAAUUGUUCUCCUUAUUGCCAUUGCAAACUUCUUUAUUGGGACAGUUAUUCCUACCAACAACGAAAAGAAGGCAAAAGGCUUUUUUGUAUUUGCAGCAUCAAUAUUUGCAGAAAACUUUGGACCAGAUUUCAGAAGUGGAGAAGGAUUUUUCUCAGUGUUUGCCAUCUUUUUCCCAGCUGCCACUGGCAUUCUCGCGGGAGCCAACAUCUCAGGAGAUCUGAAAGAUCCGCAGGGUGCGAUACCCAAAGGAACAAUGCUGGCCAUUCUGAUAACAACAGUUGCUUACAUCGGCGUUGCAGUAUGUGCAGCCUCCUGUGUUGUACGAGAUGCUACUGGGAACAUCAAUGAUACAGUCAUACCUGGGAUGAGCUGCAAUGGAUCAUCUGCCUGCAACCUAGGCUAUGAUUUUUCCAGAUGCAGAAGUCAGCCAUGUGAUUAUGGGCUGAUGAAUAAUUUUCAGGUGAUGAGUAUGGUGUCUGGCUUUGGUCCUCUCAUCACAGCUGGCAUCUUUUCUGCUACUCUGUCAUCAGCUCUGGCAUCUCUGGUCAGCGCACCCAAAGUUUUUCAGGCUCUUUGCAAGGACAAUGUCUACAAAGGACUCCACUUCUUUGCCAAAGGAUACGGAAAAAACAACGAGCCAAUCAGAGGAUAUGUACUCACUUUUGUGAUUGCUAUGGCGUUCAUUUUGAUUGCUCAACUGAACACCAUUGCUCCCAUCAUCUCCAAUUUCUUCCUGGCUUCAUACGCUUUGAUUAAUUUCUCCUGCUUUCAUGCCUCAUAUGCAAAAUCUCCAGGUUGGAGACCUGCAUUCAGGUAUUAUAACAUGUGGAUAUCCCUUUUUGGAGCCCUAUUGUGCUGUGGUGUUAUGUUUGUCAUCAACUGGUGGGCAGCUCUCAUUACUUACGUCAUUGAACUCUUUCUAUAUAUUUAUGUAACAUAUAAGAAACCAGAUGUAAACUGGGGCUCUUCUACACAGGCUCUUUGCUAUAUUAAGGCCUUAGACAGUGCGCUGGCAUUAGCUACAGUGGAAGAUCACGUGAAAAACUUCAGACCCCAGUGCAUAGCAUUAACAGGAGCUCCUAUGAUCAGGCCUGCUCUGCUCGACAUCACACACACUUUCACAAAGAACAAUGGUCUGUGCAUCUGUUGUGAAGUAUAUACGGGACCACGCAAGCUGUGUGUUAAGGAGAUGAACAGUGGCAUGGCAAAAAAGCAGGCCUGGCUUACAAAGAACAAAAGAAAAGCCUUUUAUGCAGCAGUGGCAGCUGACAGCUUCAGAGACGGAGUCAAAAGUCUCCUUCAAGCCUCAGGAUUGGGUAGAAUGAAACCAAAUACCUUGGUGAUUGGAUUUAAGAAGGACUGGAGAAAUGCUGCUGUCACACAAGUUGAAAACUAUGUGGGUGUUAUACAUGAUGCCUUUGAUUUUGAACUUGGCACGAUUAUUGUCAGAAUUAGCCAAGGAUUUGAUAUAUCUCAGGUCCUCCAAGUUCAAGAGGAAUUAGAGAAGCUGGAGCAGGAGAGAUUGGUACUGGAAGCUACAAUUAAAGAAAAUGAAUUUGAAGAAGAAAAAAGUAGCAUCUGUGGAUUCUUCAGAAAAGCCAGAAAGCUCAAUAUCACAAAACAUGAAACAAAAAAUGAAAGCACCAUUAACACAGUACAGUCAAUGCAUGUGGGAGAAUUCAAUCAGAAGCUUCUAGAAGCCAGCACUCAGUUUAAAAAGAAACAAGGAAAAGGCACAAUUGACAUUUGGUGGCUGUUCGAUGACGGAGGUCUAACAAUCCUAAUUCCUUACAUUCUAACUAUCAGGAAGAAGUGGAAAAAUUGCAAAUUAAGGAUCUUCACUGGAGGAAAAGUCAAUAGGAUUGAAGAAGAAAAACUAGUGAUGGCUUCACUUCUAAGCAAAUUUAGAAUAAAAUUUGCUGACAUUAAUAUCAUUUGUGACAUCAAUAUGAAACCCAACAAAGAGAGUUGGAAAUUCUUUGAAGAGAUGAUUGAACCAUAUCGUCUCCGUGAAAGCUGCAAAGAUAUAACAACUGCUGAGAAAUUAAAGCGAGAGACUCCAUGGAAAAUUACAGAUGCAGAGCUGGAAGCAUUCAAAGAAAAGAGUUAUCGUCAAGUUCGUUUGAAUGAACUCUUACAAGAGCACUCGAGGGCAGCUAACCUCAUUGUCCUGAGUCUGCCAGUGGCAAGAAAAGGAGUAGUGUCCGAUUACCUGUAUAUGGCUUGGCUAGAAAUUCUCUCAAAGAACCUUCCUCCAGUCUUAAUGGUCAGGGGCAACCACAAGAAUGUACUGACUUUCUAUUCUUAAAUCUAUAAAUCAAUACUUCUUCCAAAUUGCACAGUCAUAGUUGCUAGCAAAAACAAAGGAGAAUGAAAAUCAAAUGCACCAACUUGGAGGAGAGGAAAAAACUAUGGCAUCCAUUAGGUCAGAGCCAUAAAAUGAUAUAAAGCAAGCAGAAUACCCACAAUGCUAUUUAAUCAUAAUAUUGCCAAAUUAAAACCUAUGCCUAGAGCAGAUGCCUUUACCUAAAUUGUAAUGCUAAUUUAAUGCAAUGUUAAUUCAAAUGCUUCUAAUUAACUUGCAAACAAAAAAAGUUGCAUAGAUAACGAGAUGGAUUCUAUAUGACAAGAGCCGAUAAUGAAUUUUCAAGCUCUGACAUGGACUGGAAUGUAUGAUUGCAGUAACUAAAGGUGGUAUGUAAAUUUCAAAAGGAAAUUAGUGAGCUACUAAAUAUUCAGACAAUUUUUGCUAUGAAUGUUACAAGUUAAGAAAAUCUGAGAUUAUACUUUGGGAUAAUAUAUACAGUGAUUCAUGCAAGUGAUUAGAGAACAAAAUAAAUUU